UAUAAAAUAUAAAAAAACAAAUCGUGCGAUCCCCUUUCCUUCUUCCCCAAUUCAUCACAAUCCAAGCCCUAACCCUAACUUUCUGCACAAUUUCUCCCUAAUGGAACAACAAUCAAUCAUCCAAACCAACGUAAUCGAAGGAUCCGACGUCAAUUUCCCCUUUGAAGAUGCCACUAAUUCCUUCGAAGAACCCGAUCAAUCCGUUUCAACCUCCGAAGAAUCUACCGUUACUUUCAUAUCAGAACAAUCGCCGGAAUCUCCCUCAUCUCCUUCCUCCGCCGGCUUACGUCAUCGCCGACUUGCAUCUUUUAAAACCUGUAAAGAGUCUCAAUUCUUUAAAAAUAAUCCAGACGGAUUAAUAGAUUUCAAUCCUGAUAGCACCUGUAGUUCUCCAGUGAAGAAGUUGAAGGAUAAUAAGAAACUAAAUGAAAUUUUGAAUUCAAGUGUUGUUUGUUCGAGUUCGGGAAGCGAUAAUAACCGGUUAAACAACGAAACGGAUGCGAGUUCUGCGAUAACCGGAGACAAUAAUGUGGAUUCCCCGAAUGCUGUACCUGAUGUUGUUUAUAUCCUGGCUGAAUUGGUUAUCAAAGUUAUUAGUUUUCAAACAAAGUUUUUAUCGAAUUCUGUUACGUUUCCGAUAUGGUUAAUGCAUUCGUUGUACUUGGUACUGACAGAUCCUUUUGGGGUUAUAAAACUUGCUAAAAGUUACAUGAUGGGGAAUAGUUCUGAGAUCAUGGGGAUUUGUUACACUGGUGUUAAGUUGGUUAAUCACUUGUUGUUUAAGAAGCAUGAGUCUACGGUUAAGUUAUGUGUUCGGAUCGGGUGGGGGUUGUUGUGGUUUGUUUACUGUGGGUUUAUUUUGGUUAGUUUGUUAGUUCCGGCCUUUCUGUUUGGUGGCAUGAUGAUGAGAUGGAUAGUGGAGGAACCGGUACAGGUAACGGAGAAGUUGACUUUUGAUUAUACGAAAGAUACGCCUACGGCUUUUGUGGCGAUAAGUUCUUGUCCGGAGUCGUCUGUUAUAGUGCACAACGAAAAGAGCGUGAUUGGGAGUUCUGUUGAAUCACGGGUUAUACCGUUUGAUCAUGAAGUGCAGGCGACUGUUUCUUUAACUCUGCCGGAAUCUGAUUACAAUAUAAAUCUUGGGAUUUUUCAGGUGAGGGUGGAUUUUUUGUCGAGUGAUGGUAACGUUCUUGCGAGUACGAGGCAGCCGUGUAUGUUGCGGUUUAAAAGUCAGCCGAUUCGGCUUGUGUCAACUUUCUUGAAGCUGGCUUCUCUUCUGGCUGGAUAUUCGUCAGAAACACAAACGUUGGAUAUGAAGUUCAGAGGAUAUAUUGAAAAAGACGUCCAUACUUCCUGUUCGAGGGUCGUCAUUGAACAACGUGCAGAAUUUGCAAGGAGGGGUGGUGUUCCUGAAGUAUACUCUGCAUCUUUGAAGAUAGAGUCUCGACUUCCUUUUGUAAAGAGGAUGUUGUGGUAUUCAAAGUGGUUGAUAUACAUGUGGAUUAGCGUUACGAUGUAUAUAAUGGAGUUGUUGUUCACACUUCUAUGUUGUCGGUCCAUCAUAUUUCCAUGGGAACAAUCUUUGGGUCGUGAUUUAGGUUCUUCAAAUGACGGUGUACCUCACAACAAGCCGAACGCUUCAAGCUAGCUGUGCACUUGGAGAUUCCGAUACGAUCGAUCAUCUUUUGUUCAUGGUAUGCAAUCAAACUCUUGCUCUACCACGUAUAAUCUUGAUGAUUAAAAAUGAAAAAAAGUGUACUUCAUGUGGUUUUUGUAUUUUAAGAUUCAUUUGUGUUUGUUAUGUAUAUAUGGGAUAAUCAAGAUUUGAAAAUUUUAGCUUUUAGCUGCACUUGGAUAGUCACAUAUGAUCAUCCAUGUAUCAUAUAUUCAUAUGCAUCAGCUUGUAUCGUUUCCAAUAAUGUAUGAAGACACAAAACCAACGAUAAUAAUAAAGUUUGAAACAGGAAAACAAGUACUUUAAUUUAACA